UCAGAGGGUUUGUGGAAACACACCUUCUCCUGGCCUUUCACAGCACCCGUAGACUCAGUCAAACUCAAACUUCCCGACUAUCACAACAUCAUUAGACAACCCAUGGAUUUGGGAACCAUUAAAAAGCGAUUAGAGACUUACUCUUCAGGAAAGACAAAUUUUUUGAUACGUUUGUUGAGAUCCGUUAUACGCUUUUUAAUGGUUGCCAUAACUCUUGCGAGAUCUGGAGGUAGCGGUGGGUUGAGUCCGUCCAUCGGUUCACUACAAAUUGUGGAAUCACUAUAUGGUGUGCCGUAUGCUGUACUACAGGUGCCAAACGUGAAAUUGAAGCGCCCAUGGUGGUUCAAACAGCCCGAACCUAUGGUUGUCUACUCAUUGGUUCUGCUCUCGUAUUUCCUGGUCUGCGGCGGUGUGAUAUACGACGUGAUAGUAGAGCCGCCAUCGAUCGGGUCAACAGUGGACGAGUCGGGACACUCCCGUCCCGUGGCAUUCAUGCCCUAUCGAGUCAAUGGACAGUACAUUAUGGAGGGCUUGGCUUCGAGUCUAUUGUUCACUUUGGGUGGACUCGGGUUUGUAAUACUGGACAACACUCACAGUGCGGUCACUCCUCGACUCAACCGAAUCCUAUUGAUUGCCAUCGGAUUCCUAUUGAUAAUCGUCUCCUUCUUCACCACUUGGAUAUUCAUGCGAAUGAAAUUGCCUGCUACGUUUGUUGUCAUGUCGUUUGCGUACCAUUUAUAUGGUUAUCAAUGCCAUGACAUGACAUACGGGUGUCACGGAUGCGGUCAAGUGGUGGCCGAUUGGGAGCCGUCGGCGACAACCGGUAUGUUUGGGAAGGUUUGA